AACAUUUGUUUAGGCAGUAGGGAGUUUCUUCAAGGGUCUGGAUUGGAGUCACACAGACCGGACCCUACGUGUAUGACUGAGGACAAAACAGGAUUCCACUUGCCUCAAAGAGUCUACAUGUCUAAUAUUUAGACAUGUUCAGCUUUGUGGAUAUUCGGUUAGGGCUGCUGCUCGCCGCGGCGGUCCUUGUGGUGAGAGGACAAGGAGAGGAUGAUAUCUCAUUCGGUAGCUGUACAUUGGAAGGUCAGAAUUACAACGACAGGGAUGUAUGGAAACCUGAGCCCUGCCAAAUCUGCGUCUGCGACAGCGGAACGGUUAUGUGCGACGAGGUGAUCUGCGAAGAUAUAACAGAGUGUGCCAAUCCAGAGAUUCCCGAGGGAGAAUGCUGCCCCAUCUGCCCCGACGAUGUUGUGACUGAAGCUCCAUAUCCUCCUGUGCCUCCAGUUACUGACGGUCCUGUUGGUCCAGUCGGAGACCCAGGUCCUCCAGGGCCUCCCGGCAGAGAUGGUACUCCCGGAGAGAACGGACUCCCUGGACCCCCUGGUCCUCCUGGAACCCCUGACUUCGGUAGUGGAUCUUUCCUUUCCCAAAUGGCUUAUGGCAGUGAGAAAUCCAGCGGCCCUCCUGUCCCCGGACCACCAGGCCCCAUGGGUCCCCGUGGCCCCCCUGGACCUGCAGGUUCAUCUGGUCCUCAGGGAUUCACUGGCCCCCCGGGCGAGCCUGGUGAGCCUGGUUCUCCUGGUCCAAUGGGUUCUCGCGGUCCUGCCGGUCCUCCCGGAAAGAAUGGAGAGGAUGGUGAAGCUGGCAAAGCCGGUCGUCCUGGUGAGCGCGGACCCGCCGGCCCUCAGGGUGCUCGUGGAUUCCCAGGAACCCCUGGACUCCCCGGCAUCAAGGGACACAGAGGUUUCUCUGGUCUGGAUGGAGCUAAGGGAGACACUGGACCUGCUGGGCCUAAGGGAGAGCCUGGUGUUCAUGGUGAGAGUGGUACUCCUGGAGCCAUGGGUGCUCGUGGUUUGCCCGGUGAGAGAGGUCGCCCUGGUCCUCCUGGCCCUGCUGGUGCUCGUGGUAGUGAUGGCAACCCUGGCGCUGCCGGACCUCCCGGAUCCACUGGUCCUGCUGGUCCUCCUGGUUUCCCUGGUGGUGCUGGUGCUAAGGGAGAGACUGGCCCUGCUGGGGGCCGUGGUUCAGAGGGACCUCAGGGAGCCCGUGGUGAGCCUGGUAACCCUGGACCUGCUGGUGCCGCCGGUCCUGCUGGAGCUCCUGGUUCUGAUGGUUCUCCUGGUGGCAAAGGAUCUCCUGGUGCUGCUGGUAUUUCUGGUGCUCCUGGUUUCCCAGGUUCGCGUGGACCUGCUGGACCCGCUGGAUCUUCUGGUGCUCCUGGCCCCAAAGGAAACAAUGGUGAUCCAGGUCCCCAAGGCCCUAAGGGAGAUGCUGGUCCUAAGGGAGAACCUGGCCCAGUUGGACCUCAAGGUCUCGCCGGACCUGCUGGUGAGGAAGGAAAGAGAGGAGCUCGUGGUGAGCCCGGUGGUGCUGGACCUGUCGGACCCCCCGGAGGCCGUGGUGCCCCUGGUAACCGUGGUCUUCCUGGUGCUGAUGGAGCUCCCGGACCUGGGGGUGCUCCUGGUGAACGCGGAGCUAACGGACCAAUGGGAGCUCAAGGAGCCACUGGAGAGGCCGGUCGCCCAGGAGAGGCAGGAUUGCCUGGAUCUAAGGGUAUGACUGGUGCCCCUGGAAGCCCUGGACCUGAUGGCAAAGCUGGACCUUCUGGUGCACCUGGACAAGAUGGGCGUCCCGGACCCCCUGGACCUGCUGGAUCCCGUGGUGCACCUGGUGUGAUGGGAUUCCCUGGUCCAAAGGGAGCUGAUGGUGAGGCUGGUAAAGCUGGUGAGAGGGGUGUUGCUGGACCUCCUGGUGCUUUGGGCGCUCCUGGCAAGGAUGGUGAUGUUGGUGCUCCUGGUGCUCCUGGACCUGCUGGCCCAUCUGGAGAGAAGGGAGAACAGGGACCUGCCGGUUCUCCUGGAUUCCAGGGUCUGCCAGGAUCACAGGGUGCCACUGGUGAGGCUGGCAAACCUGGUGACCAGGGUGCUCCUGGUGAAGCUGGUCCUCACGGUCCAUCUGGCCCAAGAGGUGACAGAGGUUUCCCCGGUGAGCGUGGUGGUCCUGGACCCGCUGGCCCUACUGGACCUCGUGGAUCUCCUGGUUCUGCUGGUAAUGAUGGUGCUAAGGGAGAGCCUGGAGCGGCUGGAGCCCCUGGUGGUGUUGGUCCCGCAGGAAUGCAGGGUAUGCCUGGAGAGCGCGGUGCUGGCGGCAUGCCUGGAGCCAGAGGAGACAGAGGUGAUGCUGGAGCCAAGGGCCCUGAUGGAGCUGCUGGUAAGGAUGGUCUGCGUGGAAUGACUGGCCCUAUUGGACUUGCUGGACCUCCUGGUGCUGCUGGUGAGAAGGGAGAGGCUGGUCUUGUUGGACCUCCAGGAUUGACUGGUCCUCGUGGUUCCCCUGGCGAGCGUGGUGAGGUCGGUCCACCUGGACCUGCUGGUUUUGCCGGACCUCCUGGUGCCAACGGACAACCUGGUGCUAAAGGAGAGACUGGUGCCCACGGACCCAAGGGUGAUGCUGGAGCUCCUGGAGCUCCUGGCCCCGUCGGAGCCGCUGGCCCACAGGGACCUGCUGGUGCUACUGGAGCUAAGGGUGCUCGUGGUGGUGCUGGACCUCCUGGUGCUACUGGUUUCCCUGGUGCUGCUGGUAGAGUCGGACCCCCGGGUCCUUCUGGUGCUGCUGGACCCCCAGGCCCCGCUGGUGCUACUGGUAAAGAAGGACAAAGAGGUGCUCGUGGUGAGAGAGGACCCGCUGGUCGCCCUGGAGAGGCUGGUGCCGCCGGAUCCCCAGGACCCUCUGGAGAGAAGGGUAGCACCGGUCCCGACGGUCCUGCUGGUCCAGCUGGUCUUCCGGGUCCUCCUGGUGUUAUUGGAUCCCGUGGUAUCGUUGGUCUUCCCGGACAAAGAGGAGAGAGAGGUUUCGGCGGUCUCCCUGGACCUUCUGGAGAGCCAGGAAAGCAGGGACCCACUGGGCCUUUAGGUGAACGUGGACCUCCCGGACCCAUGGGACCCCCUGGACUGGGUGGAGCUCCUGGUGAGGCUGGACGUGAGGGUAACCCUGGACAUGAUGGUGCUCCUGGCCGUGAUGGUCCACCUGGACCAAAGGGAGACCGUGGUGAGUCUGGCAACUCUGGUCCUCCAGGGUCCCCUGGUGCUCCUGGAGCCCCUGGCCCCAUGGGUCCUUCCGGCAAGAAUGGUGAUCGUGGAGAGGCUGGUCCCGCUGGUCCUGCUGGUCCUUCUGGCCCUGCUGGUGCUCGUGGAGCCCAAGGUCCAGCCGGUCCUCGUGGAGACAAGGGUGAAGCUGGUGAGGCUGGAGAGAGAGGCAUGAAGGGACACCGUGGCUUCACUGGAAUGGCUGGAGUUCCUGGACCUCCUGGAUCCCCUGGUGACCAAGGACCCGCCGGACCCUCUGGCCCUGCUGGACCUCGUGGACCUUCUGGCUCCAAUGGCUCUCCUGGUAAAGACGGUAUGAAUGGUAUCCCUGGCCCCAUUGGACCUCCUGGUCCCCGUGGUCGCUCUGGAGAAAUGGGACCUGCUGGUGCUCCUGGUCUUCCUGGACCUCCUGGUCCUCCUGGACCUGCAGGCAUCGGUGAGCCCUUCUUCGCCAUGCCCCAGCCCGAGAAGGGUCCAGAUCCUCUGCGUGGAGGCUACAGAGCUGAUGACGCUAGCGUUCGUGACCGUGAUGCUGAGGUGGAUACCACCCUGAAAUCUCUGAGCCAGAAGAUUGAGAACAUCCGUAGCCCCGAAGGAACCCAGGCCAACCCUGCCCGCAUGUGCCGUGACCUCAGGAUGUGCCAUUCUGACUGGAAGAGCGGUUUCUACUGGGUGGAUCCCAACCAGGGCUCUCCUCUGGAUGCCGUCAAGGUCUUCUGCAACAUGGAGACUGGUGAGACCUGCGUCAGCCCAUCUCAGAACACCAUUCCCAUGAAGAACUGGUACACUAGCAAGAACAUCAGAGAGAAGAAGCACGUUUGGUUCGGAGAGUCCAUGCCUAAUGGCUUCCAGUUCCAGUAUGGCAGCGAGGGCUCUGAUCCAGAGGAUGUUAACAUCCAACUGACCUUCAUGCGCCUGAUGUCUAAUGAGGCUACUCAGAAUAUCACCUACCACUGCAAGAACAGCAUCGCCUACAUGGAAGAGGCCACAGGCAACCUGAAGAAGGCUCUGCUCCUGCAGGGCUCCAACGACAUUGAGAUCAGAGCGGAGGGCAACAGCCGCUUCACAUACAGAGUCAGCGAGGAUGGCUGCACGUCACACACUGGCACAUGGGGCAAGACAGUCAUCGACUACAAGACAACGAAAACAUCUCGUCUGCCAAUCAUUGAUAUCGCUCCUAUGGACAUUGGUGCUCCCGAUCAGGAAUUCGGCGUAGAAAUCGGCCCAGUCUGCUUCUUGUAAAAAGAAAAAUCUGGACAUGACUUUGCUGUUUUUUUUCUAGCAGUCAUCAAAUCUUUUCCUGGUUAUAAAAAAAAGCCCGAAGUCUUAUUUGGCUGCAAUCGGUCCAUGUGCUUAAACCUGAAUCCUUGAGGAUGGUGCAUGUUGCGAUUCCCAUCUUGUGAAACGUUCGUAAACCAAAAUUGAGGACCAGCCAGCAACACUAUCAUGGACACUUAGUGAGAAUCCUUUGCGUCAGCUGACAACAAGAAAAUAAUAUAUACUUGUAAAACGCCCCGCCCCCUGGAGUCCAAAGAAAUACUACCACCUGGUGACUUUUUGUGCCGUUUUUUGACCACUUCAAAAGGACAAUGAAAAACAAGCAAAUGCUUAUGUACCAUUCUCUGGUGUUGAAUAAAUAUGACAAAUGACAGCCAAGUGUCUUGUUCCUUCUAAGCAAAAGUGAGAAAAAAAAUCACACAGGGAACAGUGUUAGCUCAAUGGUACAACGUCAUCUUGAUAUAAAGGCUACCUCAGGACAAAAAAGAUUUUUGGGGGGGAAACGCGGGCAGUUUUUUUAUUCAAGCAAAGUAAACUAUUAGUAACAGGUAUGAAAAGGUGCUACUUCCUCUCCUGGUCCUGUCUGUGGUAUGUUUGUAUUUGCCAGAAAACACUUGCAGGGCCGUUUUGGUGCUAAAUGUCAACAGAAUGUCUUGAUGUCAAUGUGAUGCAAUUGCUCUUAUCAAAGUGUCAGCAGAUAAGUAGAAUAAAACAGCUGGAUAGGUUGGUUACUGUACAUAUGCACUUAAUCUGAUAAGGGUUAAGUGGGUGGACUGAUUGCCAGUUCUUCUCAUUUCCAUUUCCCCAACCUAAGUUUCUAGAGAAGUCUUAUUUUUGUCUGUACAUGCCGCUCCCCCCGUUUCCAGAUUUUAUUUCCACUUUCAAAAUGCAAUGCACAUCUCUUUUUUAUUUUUGUUUUCGUUUGUUUGAUUUGUUUUCAGUGGAAGGUUUCUUACAAAAACUUAAAUUGAGGUUGCAAAAAAGAAAAACCACAGAAGAAAUAGACCCUCCAAUGGUUCCAACAAAGGAUCUGUACUUAUUUUGUACAUGUAUAGUAUUUCGAGAUGUUUUUAAUUAUUUUGGAUGUUGAAAUAAAGCAUGUUUAUGUGGUCAACUGGA